AUGGUCAAGUUUUUCAGGGUGUUAAUCAUCUGUUAUGGGGUUGUGAAUGGUAAGACAGUCUCUAGGCAGAAGGUUUUGGAAGUUGAAAGGAGAAUAAAUCGCAUCAGUAGGCAUGCAGUAAAAAGUAUACAGAGUGCAGAUGGAGAUACUAUUGAUUGCACAGACAUCUAUAAGCAGCCAGCCUUGGAGCAUCCUGCUUUAAGGAAUCACACCAUUCAGAUGACACCUAGUUAUGAUCCAAGCGAGACCAAAACAAUGUCAAAGUGGGAUCAUGAAGUCUCUUCCGUGAUUGUUACAUCACAACUAUGGCAGAAAAGUGGAAGCUGUCCCAAGGGAACAAUCCCCAUUAGAAGGAUUCGAAGAAGUGAUCUACUUAAAGCUGGCAAUUCAGUUGAGAACUAUGGAAAGAAGAAACCAAGCUUUCUGCAUCAAGUUGCUCAGCUAAAUGGCAGUCAGAACUCAGACCUUCUACAAAUGAAUCACUCGGGUUAUGUGAAUCAGAAGGCAAUAUUGGUGGCAUAUGGUUACAGAUUCUUGGGAGCAAAAGGAGAUAUCAAAGUUUGGAACCCCUAUGUUGAGUCGGAUGAUGAGUACAGUACUUCUGAAGUUUGUCUUGCCAGUGGCCCUAAUCAUGAUUUUGAGAGCAUUGAAGCUGGAUGGGCGGUAAAUCCAAGCUUAUAUGGGGACAGACACAGUCGUUUAUUUGCAUAUUGGACGGCUGAUGCUUCGAAGACAACAGGUUGCUUUGAUCUCACUUGUCCUGGUUUUGUACAAACCAGCCAUAUAAUUGCUCUUGGAGCAGCAAUUCAUCCAAUCUCAUUGCCUGGUCAACUUCCAUAUCAAAUAACCAUUUACAUCUUUAAGGAUUCGAACACGGGUAAUUGGUGGCUGCAGUAUGGAGAAAGAAUCAACAUUGGUUAUUGGCCACCUGAAUUAUUCAGAGAUUUGAGCUCCCAAGCAGUAGUUGUGGAGUGGGGAGGUGAAGUAUACAGCUCCAAACUGGGUCAUGCUGCCCACACUGCAACAGCAAUGGGUAGUGGAAACUUCCCAGAGCCUGAUUGGGGCAAUUCAGGUUGGAUAAAAAGAAUGAGAAUUCAUGACAAUUCUGCUGCCUUGAAGUUCCCAGAUUGGGUUGAAGCUUACUCAGAUGAGUACAACUGUUAUGAGGCUUAUUAUGUGAGUGAUUAUGUUGAAGAUCCUGAGUUUUAUUAUGGAGGACCUGGAAAAAAUUAUAUAUGCCCAUAA